AUGUGCUACUUCGACCACACGCUCUGGCAGUGCGGCUACUGGCGGUGGGGCCCCUUCCGGCAGCAGUGCAACAAGGAGUACCGGACGGGCGAGACGUGCGGGCUGCGGCUGGUGUACCAGACGUACCUGAUCAACGACCCGUGCCAGCUGUGCGAGAAGGUGGACAAGAAGCAGCGGCGGCUGGCCAAGAUGGCGCAGGACGUGGACCGGUGGGCGCGCGAGGGCGGGCGCGGCGCCACCAUCCAGCGCACCCAGGCCGAGAUGCACGACCUGCAGCUCGAGAUCGACAAGCUGCUCCGCGACCACGACAUCCGGAAGAACUCGGUCAACUACUGA